AUGAAAAAGUUUGUUCUGGUACACUUCAAGCUAGAGAAUGUGCAAGCAAUCAAAGAGCUUGACAUCUUAACGAUGUUAAGGAAAUGCCUCCCAAACCCUCUUCCCUGAAAUGGCACUAUCACGACUCUCUUCUCGAUCCACCAACCUCCUCCAGCCAUUCGCCACCGCCUUACCCACCACUCUCCGCCUCCGCAUUUCCACAGACACCUCACCGAACAGUCGAGACCUCAGUCCCGUUCACAUCUCACCUCUGCGAAGCUCCGUCGCGAGUAUUGGUUUGCGAGAACAACCAUUACGGAAUGGGAACGGCUGAGUGGAUCGAGGUCUGCUAAGUCUCCAGCUCAUUUCAAGCGUGGAGACUAUGUUCCUGGCUUGAAGGUGGAUGGUAUGGAUGCAGCACUGGCUGUGAAGCAAGCGUGUAAGUUUGCCAAAGAACACGCGCUCAAGAAUGGACCUAUUAUUCUUGAGAUGGACACAUACAGGUACCACGGUCACUCUAUGUCCGACCCCAGGAAGCACUUACCGUACACGUGA